UAGCCAAUUGCAGCCCGAGCUGUCUUGUUACUCCUGCCCCCAAGUCAUUUUACGGGGUAGAGAUUAGGUAAUGGCGACGGGCUUGUAUAAAUGCUAUAAUAUGGUGUGGGAAGUGAAGACACCGGAUAUACCCAACGCAGUACAGAAAGUUCAGUUAGUUGUGGACAAAAGACCUACAGCAAUGAAUGAAUCCGUGGAGAUGCUGAAGUGUGAUGAACGUCUCCCAUCCUCUCCAGGAUAUGAGUCGUCUGAUGACCACAUGGAACUUGAUGAUCUCCCCGAAUUACAAGCUGUUCAGACCGACUCCACAUCAUCACGUGAGGUGUUUCACCUUGAUGCUAAUGUGUCGCAUCAGGAAUAUUCAGUGCCUUCUUGGAACCAGAAUACCUCAGAUAUGUCUGAAAGUGCCUACUCAUGUGAGCGUGGGACAAACUGGCUGACAGAGCUGGCAAACAUUGCCACAAGUCCACAGAGUCCUUUAAUGCAAUGUUCAUUUUACAAUAGAUCAUCACCUGUUCACAUAAUAGCUACCAGCAAAAGUUUACAUUCCUAUGCCCGCCCUCCACCAGUUUCCCCCGAAAAUGAGUCCGAUCUAUCCAAAUGUGAUUGGAAAGAAGAGUCCUCAGUCAGACAUGAGCGAGCCAACAGUGAAUCAGAGUCUGGCAUUUUCUGCAUGUCGUCAUUCUCCGAUGAUGAUGAUCUAGGAUGGUGCCAUUCUUGGCCACAUACCAUUUGGAACUGUUUUUUGAAAGGCACGCGUUUAUGCUUUCAUAAAGGACGCAAGAAAGUGUGGCACGAUGUGGAAGAUUAUGCCAAAAACGUACAUUGUAGAAACGAACGUGCAACAUCAGUCGGCUUUCGGAAGGGCUAUGGGUUAGAAGGUCUUAAACUGAUUUCACAUGAAGAGAGCGUGUCUUAUGGAGAAUCUGUCCUUCAGCUUACUUUUGAUCCAGGUACAGAAGAUGGCCUGCUGACAGUAGAGUGCAGAUUAGAUCACCCCUUCUAUGUCAAAAAUAAAGGUUGGUCCUCAUUUUACCCAAGUCUAACUGUGGUUCAGCAUGGCAUUCCCUGCUAUGAAAUUCACAUUGGUGAUAUUUGUCUACCUCCUGGUCAUCCGGAUGCCAUAAAUUUUGAUGAUUCUGGUGUUUUUGAUACUUUUAAAAGCUAUGACUUCACCCCAUUGGACUCUUCUGCUGUGUAUGUUUUGAGCAGUAUGGCACGUCAGCGCCGGGCUUCCUUAUCCAAUGGUGGCGCUAGCAGUCCAGAUCCCGAACGAUCUAAUGGCAAAGACUGUGCAUCUCCACAAACUUCCUACUCUUCAUUGUGUAAUAAAAAUAGCAGGAGUCAGAGCUCAGGGACUUCAAACUCUGUGAUGGCCACAUCUCCCAACAAGUGCAAAAGACCAAUGAAUGCCUUCAUGCUUUUUGCCAAAAAGUAUAGAGUUGAAUACACACAGAUGUACCCAGGAAAAGAUAACCGAGCCAUAAGUGUGAUACUUGGAGACAGGUGGAAAAAGAUGAAGAAUGAGGAAAGGAGAAUAUACACAGUAGAAGCUAAAGCUCUGGCUGAAGAACAAAAACGUUUAAAUCCCGACUGUUGGAAGAGAAAAAGAACAAAUUCAGGCUCACAACAGCAUUAAAUAUGAAUGUAGCUGAAGUUCAUGUUGGAAAGAUGCCAUUCGUCUGCGUGGAGGAAGAAAAUCUGACAAUGUUGUGGAAAAGUGACAAAGCCACAGUAACUGCAGCGUCAUAGAAUUGAUAGGACUGAAGGUUUUCUCUUUUUAAGUAUAGCAUUUCAUAUGCAAAAAUAUCAAUAUUUUAAACCAAAUUGCCUUAUUUUGGAAAAAAAUUAUAUAUCAGGUAACAUAGGCUUGAAAAAAAAAAAAUCGAUAUCCUGUGGUGCUACAAUGAGGUGUGUAUCAGCGUAUUGUUAUAAAACAACCAGGUUAAAACAAAAAAAAUGGGAACUUAUAGAGCAUAUAACUGCUGUUUAUCGACCCUUCUGCUUAUUAAUAUGUAUUGCACAGAUUUAAUUAUCUUUGACGUUAGAAUUUGUACGUUUCUGACGCGUUAUUUUAAUGCAAGGUGCUUGGAGCACUAACUGACUAUUCAUUGCCACUCGGCUACUUAUACUAUGGCAAGUGGAUCAUUAGCUUCCUUAUGGAAAAAGGGGCCAGCUCUUUCUUACGGGCCCCUAGGAACACCAAGGUGUUGAAGCGUAAAGUUCAGUAAUUUAGUUGGCUACAGAAUCUACAGAUAGAUUUUAUUUUGCUAUGAGGAAAAAAAAAAU